AUGCGGAAAUUACUUUUACUGGCGUUGUUGUUAUAUAAUAUCGUAGCAAUGGCAACAAGAGCUCUUGGUUACGACUAUGAAGAAGUUGAUACCAACAAGAGACACUCACUGUUAGACGAAAGAAGAAAUUGGAGGAAGAAAGCUUUAAUGAAACCCAUAGAAGAAACCAAGGAUUGGGACAGAAGGAGACACGAGUAUGAUACUAGAGAUCCAAGAGAGCGAGACAGGUAUAUGGAUGAGCCAGAAACAAAGGCGUUUGGAGGAGCAAUGGACAGACCAAGGGACAAUGUGGACAGGCAGAGAGAAAUGGACAGGCAGAGAGAUAUGGACAGGCAAAGAGAUAUGGACAGACAAAGAGACAUGGAUAGACAAAGAGACAUGGAUAGACAAAGAGAUAUAGACGUGUCAUCCCCGUACAGGCCAGGACAAAGGCAUUACGAAGAUGAGAAAAUAAAUCCACAGCAAAUAUUAAAAAGUUCAGAAGUGACCCAUACAAUGUCAUACUUGGAUGACAGGAAAGAUAUUGAGAGGGAUAAGAAGCCACAGACGUCCAUGAACUGCGAGCGACCGCACGAAAGGUACGAAGCAUGCUUCGCGGGCUGCGCAUCGGUGACGUGUGACAACCCUCGCGACCGCCUGCGACCCUGCUACCCAUUCUGUGAGCCUGGCUGUAUUUGCGUACACCCCUACGUACGUGAUGACAGGACACAUAAAUGCGUACUACCCGAAGAAUGCACCAAAGGCCUGAAAGGAAUCCCAGAUCUAGGCGACGAUAUUUAA